GCAGUUGAACAGCUGAACCCACUGCUGUGGAUCUCCAUGAGUAACCCGACAGAGCUCCCUGCUGCCCCUUCAUGCCUCUCUCUGUUCCUUGACACCUACCCUCUUUCACCCUCGUUCUCCCCGCCCAACCGUAACACGUCCUCAGUCUUCUGUCCUUAAACGAUGUGGUCAGCUGUCCGUGCUCUGCUCCUGCUGUCUGCCGGACUCCUGCAGUCCAGAGGAGACUCUCCCCGCAAGGAAAUCAAGAUCGACGGAGACCUGGUUCUGGGAGGCCUGUUCCCCAUUCACGAGAAGGGCAUGGGCAUGGACGAGUGCGGCCGGAUCAAUGAAGACCGAGGCAUCCAGAGGCUUGAGGCAAUGCUCUUCGCUAUCGAUCAGAUCAAUCAGGACGUGGCGCUGCUGCCGGGUGUGGUUUUGGGAGUCCAUAUUUUGGACACGUGCUCGAGGGACACCUAUGCUCUCGAACAGGCAUUGGAGUUCGUCAGGGCGUCCCUUACGAAAGUGGAUGAUACGGAGUUCAUCUGUCCCGACGGGUCUUACGCUCUUCAGGAGGACAGUCCACUGGCUAUAGCAGGAGUCAUUGGUGGAUCUUUUAGCAGUGUCUCUAUACAGGUUGCAAACCUGCUGCGGUUGUUUCAGAUCCCUCAGAUCAGCUAUGCUAGUACCAGUGCCAAACUCAGCGACAAAUCCCGCUAUGACUACUUUGCACGAACCGUCCCUCCAGAUUUCUACCAGGCCAAGGCCAUGGCGGAGAUCUUACGGGCCUUCAACUGGACCUACGUUUCCACCGUGGCCUCAGAGGGAGACUAUGGAGAAACAGGAAUCGAAGCCUUCGAGCAACAAGCGCGUUUGAGAAACAUCUGCAUCGCUACUUCGGAAAAAGUAGGACGAUCUAGCGCAAAGCGUUCUUCAUAUGAGGCCGUGGUCCGCCAGCUCCUCCAGAAGCCCACAGCUCGCGUCGCUGUUCUUUUUCUACGUAGCGACGACGCAAGAGAACUAAUCGCCGCUGCCGCCCGCCUCAACGCAUCUUUCCUCUGGGUGGCCAGCGACGGAUGGGGGGCGCAAGAGAGCAUCGUCAAAGGGAACGAAUUCACAGCAGAUGGUGCAAUCACGCUGGAGCUAGCGGCUCAUCCCAUACCAGAUUUCAACCGUUACUUCCAGACCCUCACGCCCCAAAUUAACCAUCGCAACCCCUGGUUCAAAGACUUCUGGGAGCAAAAGUUUCAGUGUUCAUUGGGUGGGACGUCAGCAACAGGGGCAGGAACCCCAAAGCCACCUUGUGACCAGGAACUGGUUAUCGACAAGUCCAAUUUUGAGCCAGAAUCAAAGAUUAUGUUUGUGGUAAAUGCAGUGUAUGCCAUGGCGCAUGCUUUGCAUCGCAUGCAACGGACUUUGUGUGCCAACACUACACGUUUGUGUGAUGCCAUGCGCAGUCUUGAUGGCAGGAAACUCUACCGGGACUUUCUGCUGCACGUCAACUUUAGAGCUCCAUUCUCCCCUGCCGGCUUAGAGAGUCAAGUCAAGUUUGAUGCGUAUGGAGACGGAGUGGGCCGCUACAACAUCUUCAAUUACCAGAGCGUGCCAGGAAGUGACAAGUUUGCUUAUGUACAAGUAGGAGAAUGGGCAGAGAGUCUAUCCCUAAAUGAAGGCUUGAUUGGCUGGCCAAGGGGAGCUGAUGUGCCCACAUCUCAAUGCAGCGACCCUUGUGCUCCAAACGAAAUGAAGAAGAUGCAAGCAGGUGAAUACUGUUGCUGGAUUUGUACUCCCUGCGAGCCUUACGAAUACCUUCCGGAUGAGUUUACCUGCAUGCCCUGUGCACCAGGUCAGUGGCCCCGUCCUGAUCUGACUGGGUGCUAUGACCUUCCGGAGGACUACAUCAUGUGGGAGGAUGCUUGGGCCAUUGGACCAAUCUCGAUUGCAUGCGUUGGCUUCAUCUGUACUUUAAUGGUGUUCAUCGUCUUCAUUCGGCACAAUGACACACCACUGGUCAAGGCGUCCGGUCGUGAACUGUGCUAUAUCCUUCUGCUGGGAGUCUUCAUGUCCUACGUCAUGACUUUCAUAUUCAUUGCAAAGCCAUCACCUAUUGUGUGCACAUUGCGAAGGUUAGGCCUCGGUACCUCAUUUGCAGUGUGUUACUCUGCCUUGCUUACGAAAACCAAUCGAAUCGCUCGAAUCUUCAGCGGUGUGAAGGAGGGUGGGGCUCAGCGACCACGCUUCAUCAGUCCCAGCUCACAGGUUUUCAUCUGUCUGUCGCUGAUAUCUGUUCAGCUCCUGCUGGUGUCGGUAUGGCUGCUGGUGGAAGUGCCCGGUACGCGGCGGUUCACCACGCCAGAGAAACGCCAGACUGUCAUUUUGAAGUGCAAUGUAAGGGACUCUAGCAUGCUGAUGUCGCUGAGCUACGAUGUGGUUCUGGUGGUACUCUGCACAGUCUAUGCCUUCAAGACCCGCAAGUGUCCGGAGAACUUCAAUGAGGCUAAGUUCAUCGGGUUCACCAUGUACACCACAUGCAUCAUCUGGCUGGCCUUCCUGCCAAUCUUCUACGUCACGUCCAGUGAUUACAGGGUUCAAACCACAACCAUGUGUAUAUCUGUUAGUCUAAGCGGAUUUGUGGUGUUGGGCUGCAUGUUUGCCCCCAAGGUCCACAUCAUCAUGUUCCAGCCUCAGAAGAACGUCACCAGUCAUCGGUUAAACAUGAACCGGUUCAGCGUGAGCGGGCCAGCAACUAGCUAUGCGUCCCAUGCAUCUGUGAGUGCCCACUACGUUCCAACGGUCUGCAACGGGAGAGAGAUCGUGGACUCCACCACCUCCUCUCUGUGA